AUGGAGUGGAAACCAACAAAGUUCUUCGAAUCAGUACCUCGAUCGAAACCCUACGCGCUUUUGGUUCUGAACCAGCCUAUCAACCCCAAUGCGUAUAAAAUAUUGAAGCAGCAUGCGUCGUUUACAAUCUGCGCUGAUGGCGGCGCGAAUCGCUUUUAUGAGCUCAUGAGGAAAAACGGGACGGAGUCCACGGAGCUUCCAAAUGCCAUCGUGGGUGACUUAGACUCUAUUCGUCCAUUUGUACGAAAACAUUACGAGAAUCUAGGUGUCCCAGUGCUUGAAGACCCAGACCAAUAUUCCACAGACUUUACCAAGUGCCUACGACAUCUAAAAUCCAACAUUAGGACCAUUGUAUCCUCAGAUAUAUCUCCAGGGCCUCCCCAAUCCACAGCGGAAUCUGAGGUUCAGGACAACGGAACCGAGCCGCAUCUAGACGUGCUCGUGCUGGGCGGCCUAGGUGGCCGUGUCGACCAAGCAUUCUCUCAAAUCCACCAUCUCUAUACCGCGUCUCAAUCGUCCCUGUCUGCGGCUGAUAAGCCCGCCGGAGAUUUGUACCUGAUUUCAGAAGAGAGCAUUACAUUUCUGCUUCCGGAAGGCAAAAGUACCAUCUUCACGCCUGGUGGCAACUCGCUGGAAGCUGAAUCUCGUUGGAAAGCCCCAACUUCAAUACCCGGAUCCCAUAGCGCUUUAGAUGGAGAUAAGCCCAUCUCAGAAUGUCCAGAAAAAUGCUACCUAUCGGAAAAUGUUGGCAUAAUACCUGUUGGUGGACCUUCUGUGAUAAACACAGAAGGUUUAGAGUGGGACGUGCAUGACUGGAAGACAGAAUUUGGCGGGCAAGUCAGCACGAGUAAUCAUAUUCGUGCCGAUAUGGUUGAGAUUAGGACGACUGCGCCGGUGUUAUUUACUGUCGAGUUAGCAGAUUGGUUGAAGUUUCAUGGACGGGUGUGA